GCAACCAAAGAUACCGGUAACUUUCCCGUUUUGUCUGCGCUGCAAUCCUCCGCCGUCACACUCUCGGGGUGGGGUUUCUAGUUCAGCUACGUGUAGAAUAGCGACCGUCUGGUAGAGUGAUGUCACACAACGAAUAGACGCAAGACCGAAGCGGUGACUGAUUGUUAUAGCUGGGGAAGACGCACCUGUUGAACAACAGGCUCACAACGAUAUUCCACUUUUACCUAUUUCUUCGAAGCUUUUGGCUGCGUUUGGAAGUUCAGAAUGACGGACACAAUAAUGGCCAACGGGAUCAAGGACCGAGCGGGUCAGAAUGGAUAUUUUAAAAAGGGAUGGAACCCGUUAGCCCUGACAGGACGCUCCAAGCUGCAGAAUGAGAGAGCCAGUCUCAACCAGCAGAUCAUUAGACAGAUGAGGAUGAGGGCCGGGGCAGAGAACCUUCUACGGGCGACCUCCAACAACAAGGUGUGUGAGAUGGUUGGUCUGGAGCUCAGCUAUAUCAACUCCAACCUGCAGCUCCUCAUGGAGCAACUGGAGGGGCUCAACAGCUCAGUGGAAGUCUACCAGAACGUCCAAGAGACCUCCAGCAUCCCCGUCAUCCCUCUGGGUCUGAAGGAGACUAAAGACAUGGACUUCUCUGUGUCAUUCAAGGACUUCAUCCUGGAGCACUACAGCGAAGACGGUUCCAGCUUCGAGGAGGAGAUUGCUGACCUAAUGGACCUGAGACAGGCCUGCCGUACCCCCGGUCGCAAUGACACCGGCGUCGAGCUCCUGGCCAAGUAUUUCAGCCACCUGCCUCUACUGGAGAGCCGCUUCUUCGCCCCUACCCGCCAGAUGGGCAUCUUCUUUACUUGGUAUGACUCGUUCACAGGCGUUCCAGUUUGCCAGCAGAACAUCUCUCUGGAGAAGGCCAGUAUUCUGUUCAACAUCGGCGCUCUCUACACCCAGAUCGGCACGCGCUGCAACCGGCAGACAGGCUCCGGCCUCCAGGAUGCAAUCACAGCCUUCCAGAAGGCUGCAGGAGUCCUGCACCACCUGAAGGAGACGUUCACCCACACCCCCAGCUACGACAUGAGCCCCUCCAUGCUCAGCAUGCUCAUCAAGAUGAUGCUGGCUCAAGCUCAGGAGUGUCUGUUUGAGAAAAUCGCUCUGUCGGGCAUCCGCAAUGAGUUCUUCUCUCUCCUCAAGAUGGCCCAGGAGGCUGCCAAGGUAGGAGACACCUAUGGCCAGGUCCACCAGUCUAUGAGCCAGACUCCCAUCAAAGACAACGUCCCGUUCUUCUGGUCCACCAUGGCUCAGGUCAAGACCAACCACUACCGCUCACUGGCACACUACUUCCUGGCUACCGCUCUGCUGGACCACCAGCUGAGACCCAGUGAUGAUGAGGACCAGCAGGAGAAGGCUCUGUCCCAGGUGUAUGAUGCCAUGCCAGAUGGCCGCUCCCCGCUCGACAUCCUCAGGAAGAGAGAGGAGAGACGCCACAUCGGUAAGGCCCACCUGCGGCGGGCUGUGAUGGGUCACGAGGAGGGUCUGAGGAUCCAUGGUCUGUGUCGUCACCUCAGGAAGCUGGAGGUCCUCCAGGACAUUCUCCUGGCCAGUCACAAACGCUCCCUGGCCAAGUUCAAUGACAACAACCAAGACGACGAGUUCACAGACUACCUGGAGGCACCAGACAUCAUCUCUAAAACGGAGCACAAGGCGGAGAUGGAAAUGCCCAUGUCCACUAAGGUGAAAGUCACAGACUUUUUCCGGAGGCUGGGUCCUCUGUCGGUGUUCUCUGCUAAGCAACGCUGGACAGCUCCUCGCACCGUCAGGCUGAAACUGGAGGACAGAGACCUGGGCUUCACCCUGAGAGGAGACCCUGUACCGGUGCAGGUCACCUCCCUGGACCCACUCUGCCCUUCCGCUGUGAGUAUACUGUACUACUGGUUACUGGGGGGAAGGGUUAGGCUGACGGGAGGAAGGGUUUUGGUGAUGCACACUGGUCACCUUCCUAGACCCACCCUGCCCCGCCGCUGUGAGUGACAUACAUACACUGUCUGAUUUCAUGUGUCAUAAAGGGUGUCUGAUUAUUGUGUCAUAAAGGGUGUCUGAUUAUUGUGUCAUAAAGGGUGUCUGAUUAUUGUGUCAUAAAGGGUGUCUGAUUAUUGUGUCAUAAAGGGUGUCUGAUUAUUGUGUCAUAAAGGGUGUCUGAUUAUUGUGUCAUAAAGGGUGGAUGACUUUGAACAAGACUAGAUGAUGUCUUUUAACUUUUAACUCCGUUUGUAAAUCAUUCAUGUUGACCUCAAAUGAAACCUCCACAUCUGCCUGUGGAUCAUCAAAACCCUUCCCCCCUCUCUGGCCUGUGUGUGCGGCAGCAUAACCCUUCCCCUCUCUCUGGCCUGGGCAGCAUAACCCUUCCCCUCUCUCUGGCCUGGGCAGCAUAACCCUUCCCCUCUCUCUGGCCUGUGUGUGCGGCAGCAUAACCCUUCCCCUCUCUCUGGCCUGUGUGUGCGGCAGCAUAACCCUUCCCCCAUUAACACAGUGCAGGGGAAUGUCUAAUUUCCAUAAGAAGGGUUCGACCUAAACAGUUACUCUGCCACAGUCACUGUCACAGACGAACUUUGAAUUAGUUAGAAUUAGUAUUUACAGAGCAGCCAUCAGACGGACUCCAAUAGGGUGCUGCUCAGAGCCAAGACCGACGUAAUAAAACACCCAGUCAAACAUGAAACGCACAGUUCUAAUUUCCCUCCAGAGUUCCCCUAAUGAACCGUUCAUUAGUAACAUUAUGUACCAACAACAACAACCCUAAAAAUAGAAAUCCCU